UGAUGGAACAAAAGUGCUACUCUAUUACCUUAUUACUAUUUUGGAACAGAAAAAAACACUGUCGUUUUGUGCUCUAUCUAACAAAAAAUCAAUUAAAAAUGAGUCAAGGGCCAAUUGGGGUUAAACAAAUAGUACCUAAUUUCAUUACGUGCAAGAGAGAAAUGCUGUUUUGCUGCCUCUCAGUGUUGUCAUAGCAGCAACUUUUCAAAAUUCAAUGAAGAAGUAUUUUCCCAAGUACCAAAACCGAGUUUGACGCCUCAUAAUCAACCUAACCAGGAAGCAAAUGUCAACCAAUUAGAAGAACCAUUGGAUUCAUUCCAGAUGACUUCUUAUCAAGUUAAGCAUGAGGAUCAGGUUCGCUUAGCUGCUUCGGUUGAUGUGGUAAGACUUCUUAUAAAACAAGGAAUGUCAUUUUGGGGUUAUGAUGAAUCUGAAUCAUCACAUGACAGGGGUAAUUUUCUUGAAAUUCUUUCAUGGUAUGCGAAAAGGUCCGAGGACGUUCAUGAUUUUGUAUUGGAACAUGCUCCACAAAAUGAUCAAAUGACUUCUCCGAUGAUUCAAAAAGAUAUUGUGACUGCAUGUAAGAUAGAAACAAUUAAGGCUAUCAUAGAUGAAUUAAACGGCGACUACUUUGCCUUAUUGGUUGAUAAAUCUUUUGAUGUGUUGCACAAGGAGCAAAUGACUAUUGUUCUACGAUAUAUUGAUAGAAGGGGAUUUGUGAUGGAGCGUAUCAUUGACAUUGUCCAUGUUCAAGAUACUGGUGUUUUAUCUUUAAAGAGGGCAAUCGUUGAUUUACUUGCUCAUCAUUCCUUGAGUCUAUCUUAUGUGCGUGGACAAUGUUAUGAUGUAGAGAGUGACAUGCAUGAUAAUAUCAAAGGUCUUAAGAUGUUGAUUAGACAAGAAAAUAGAUCGGCUCAUUCUCUUCACUGUUUCGCUCAUCAACUUCAACAUACUCUUGUUAUGGUUUCUGCACAAUGUGUUCAAGUGGGGCAACUUGUAUUAUUGGUUUCAAAUAUUAUGAAUGUGUUGGGAGCUAUGGAUGAAUUCCAAGUAUCUCAACGAGAAAAAAUUCGAGAGGCAUUAGAUAUGGGUGAGCUUACAACUGGUAGGAACUUGCUACAAGAACUUGAUCUUAUUAAAGCUGGUGAUAUUAGUUGGGGAUCUCACUACAAAUCUUUUAGCAAUUUUAUCCUUUUGUUUGGCUCCAUUAUAGAUAUACUUGAUGCUAUUGUUACAGAUGCACAUUCUUUAGAUGAAAGAGCUAGGGCAUCGGAAUAUCUCAGAACUAGUCAAACAUUUGAGAUUGCUUUUAUAUUGCACUUGAUGAAAGAUGUUUUAGCAAUCACAUAUGAGCUUAAUGAAUCCUUACAAAAGAAGGAGGAGGACAUUGCAAAUGCUAUGCUACUUGUUGAAAUAGCAAAGGGAAUGUUGCCAAAGUUAAAGGACAAUGGAUGGGAUCCCCUUAUUGAUAAGGUAUCAACAUUUUGUAUCAAACAUAACAUUUUGAUACCUAAUUUUGAUGAGCCAUAUGUUACCUUUGGAAGACGACGUAAACCUGCCGAUUAUAAUGUCUUACAUCAUUAUCAUGUUGAUGUGUUUUGUAAAAUUGUUGAUUGGCAACUUCAAGAACUUAAUGAUCUUUUUGACAAGGUGACAAUUGAUUUGCUUCAUGGAGUUGCUUGUUUGAAUCCAAUUGACUCAUUUUCUAGUUUUGAUAUUAGGAAGGUAAUGAGAAUGGCCGAAUUAUAUCCUGAUGACUUUGAUGAGUUUAGUAUGGGUGCUCUUGAGAAUCAACUUGCGACUUACAUUAUUGAUGUUCGUGAUAUUGAUGAAAGGUUCUCCAAUGUAAAUGGACUUUGUGACCUUUCAAGAAAAUUAGUUCAGACAAAGAAGCAUCUAAAUUAUCAUCUUGUAUUCCGCUUAGUGAAACUUGCCUUGCUUCUACCAAUUGCAACUGCAUCCGUUGAAAGAGCUUUUUCGGCCGUGAAGUUUAUCAAGAAUGAUAUGUUGGACAGAAUGGAUCAUGAAUUUUUGAGAGGUUGCUUAAUACCUUACGUAGAAAGAGAGGUAUUUGAUGCUAUUUCUAAUGAUGCUAUUAUAAAAACUUUUCAAGAGAUGAAAUCUCGUCAAGUACAAUUGUAAUAGUUUAUUUGAGUUGUGCUUUCAA